CAGUACGAACUUGUAGUGGUGAAACUUCUAGUGGUGCUUUGGGAUUUUUGGAGAACAGUCGUCUUCUCAAUACUGCCAUGGGAAGAGCAAGGAGGCACAUUUUGGUGGUUGGGGAUCCUUUCACUCUUUGUAGCAUUGGAUCAUGUCGUACUAUAUGGAAACACUACAUCGAUGAAUGUAGGGAAAAAAGUUCGUUGUACCCAGAUAUUGGGUGUGAGAUUGUUGAAGAGAUUCUUGGUAAAGAUUACCAACGUCUGGGAGGCACAGAAAAUGGAAAGGAAACUGUAGAACAUCAUGAAACAGCCAAAAGUAUCAACACAGAUACAUCUGCUAGAGAUUCCGGUUACAGUUCAAUGACUGGUUCUGGUGAUUCAGAAUUUUCCUCUGAAAUAGACUCAGACAAAGAUGACGAAUUAAGUGAUGAAGAAAUCUUCAAAAAUUUAGAAAAGCAAUGGAAAGAUGACAAACAGUUUGUUUCCAGUAAAGAAAUAUCUGAAAUCCAAGAUGAAAUCCAUUUUGAGAGAGAUGGAUAUCUUGAAGAUGAACAUAGCACCAAUACCCUCCAUGAUAUGAAAUUUGAUACAUGGUUGUAUCAGACACAUAGAUAUGCCAGGGGUGCAGAUGAUGAAGAAAUGAAUGAGGGUGAGGCAGAAGAUGAGGAUGAUGACAGGGAUCUCAAUGAACAUUUCUAUGAUUUCUUUGUCAAAGACAUAGACCAAAAAGAAACCUAUUAUGAACAUCGUUCAAAGAUUGAAUUGAUGGAUAUGUUGAAAAGGGAGCCGAGCAAGUUUAAGAUCUGUACUCUUUACAUAGAGAGUGCACAGAAAGGGUUUGCAGUGCCCAUUGAGAGAAAUGAACCAGUUCCCAGGAUAAAUCUUUAUGGUAGAAGCAACUGUGGGAUGGCUUUUGAUAAAACUGAGGUUGUUGUAAGGCUCAAUAAUCCCCCAACAUCUGACAAAAUCAACUUGGACACCGAUUUCCAUGGAAAAGUAAUAGGGACAUGGAGUCAGGUUAAAGUCAGAAAGUUUACAAAGUUUGUAUGUACAGUUGAUGAAUUCAGAAUAGAUCUUAUGAAACCUUUAAACAAGACAGUACCUAAAAUACAUGUGAUGAACCCUACAGGGACUGACAACAGAAUUGCAGUUUAUUCAUCAGACAAAGAUGGGAGACUAAAUGUCAAGAGAUGGGAACCAGUAGACCUCCGACUGAGAGACAGCAAGGUUUUUGUGGUCAGGUGUUUGAAGUGGUCCCCUGUCUUCCAGUAUCCACUUGGAUAUGUCAUAAAAGUUUUACCUGCUGGCACUGACUUCACAAAUGCCCAGGAGAUAUUGAAAAUCCAAUACCAGUUGUCUCAGAAAUUCCCAGUAGAUGUUGAAAAAAAGAAGCGAGCCCUCAUGAGAGGUCUCUCAAAGAGAUCUCAAAAAGUUCCAGAAGAUGAAGAACCCAAAACAUCCCAUCUUCCAGAUGACUUUUUCACAAAUAGAGAGGAUUGUAGGCAGCUCCACUGUUUUACAAUUGAUCCAAAGGACUCCGAGGACUUAGACGAUGCACUAUCAGUGGACUUUUGUGAAGAUGAUACUGUGAGAGUUGGAGUUCACAUAGCUGAUGUGUCGGCAUUUGUUGAACCAGGGGAUCCCAUAGAUCAAGAGGCAGCUUUACGAUCUAGAACCUUUUAUCCUGCAGAAAUGCCAGAUACAGAUGAAAGAAGCCACCCUGAGAAACCAUACCAUAUGCUACCUACUGAACUUAGCACCAACUUCUGUAGUCUCUUAGAGGGGAAGGACAGAGUUGCAAUAUCAGUCUUUUUCAGAUUUGAUAAAAAUGGGAAUAUCACCAUUGGAAACAAUAGUGAUGACCUACCUGGUACACCAGAAAUUAAAAGGACAGUCAUUCGAUCAAAAAGGCAGUUGUCAUACAAAGAUUCAGAGGACAUUCUCAGGGACUCUGAAAAAGAGAUGGGCAGUUAUCUGACAGACAGUUUAAUCUUUCUGCACAAAGCAGCAGAACAUUUACGCCACAAUCGUCUCAAAGAAGCUGCAAAAUUUGUGCAUGCUGAUGGCAAGGAGUCACCUAUGUCAGAGCGAAUCAUUGGAGAAUUCAUGAUUUUGACAAAUGCAACAAUAGCAAAACUUCUGACUAAAACAUUUAGAUAUGUACCUUUACGAGUGCACUUUCCACCAGAUAAAGAAACUCUAGCUGAUUGGCAAAACCAGUAUGGUGCCAUAGCAGAACUAACUUCUUAUCUGAGUCAUUAUGUGAAGGAACCGCAAACUUCGCCAGAGUUUAUUACAGUCAGACAACAAACUUGGCAGAAGAUGAUCAGUCUUGCGGAGAGCACAGAAGGGCUGUCAGAUCUGAAGAAUUGUCUUGCAUCUGAGGAGGACUACCCAAUGCAGUUCUGUGCCAUGGCAGCUUGGUUUGAUGUGCAACGACCAGCACGCUAUGUCAUCUCAGACCCAAAUGAUUCUGAUGCAGACUAUUCUCACUUUGCUUUGAAUGUUCCCAUUUACACCCAGGUCUCCUCACCGAUUCGUAGAUAUAUGGACCUCAUUGUCCAACGUCUGCUCUGUGACUUGUUGGAUGGAAAAACAAAACCAACUGAGCCUUCGUACAACAAUUUAGAAAGUAUGCAGCAGAUUUGUUUGUUGUACAAUGAGAAUUCACUCAGGGAAAAAAUGUUCAGCAAAGACUGUAAAAUUUUGAAAACAAGUCUGGAAUUGCAAAAGAAUGGCCAGGCAUUGUACUCACCAGUUGUCACACAAAUUGAAGAGUCUUCUUUAACAUUAAAUAAUCCAGCCAUGUCUUACCUUCCAAGAAAAUAUUCCAGUGUAAGAUAUGGAACCCUGGGUUUAAUUGAUGCCCCAGUUCAUGGACAACACAAUGAUAUAUGCUUCAAAUGGUCCAAGAGACUUUACAACAAAGAAUAUGAGAUGGCCAAAUCAACAUUUUUGCCUUCCAAAAUGGAGAGGGAUUUCAAACUGUAUCCAUUUCAAAGUGAGGUUUUAGUGCCAAUUAACUGUUGGAUUAAAUUGCAAAAUCCUUCAUUUUGGUUUUCAGACAAAUUGAAAGGUACGUUGCAUAGCAUACAAGAGUACAAUUAUAGAAAGCAAGCAACAUAUCCUAGUUAUGUGUCUGGAGACAUGUUUAUACUCGAGCAGACAAGCAAGAAGGGCAGUCACGGCAAACCACUCAUACUACCAGAAUGCAAAUUGGCAUUACACAUAACAACAGGAAAUGUGUUGGAAACCCUGAUGUCUUCAUGUGUUGAGAUGGGGAAACUGAGACCUUUUGUGAGUUUACUUGGCAUUACUCCGCACUUCAAAAUCUGCUUGUCACAUAGGGAGGACCCAGUCAAAAUGUUUUCAGAUCCUCUGGCUGCACAUCCAUUGAUGGACAAAUAUGCAGGAAUUGAACAUUACCAGAAUGUGAUUCUUCCAGUCCUGGCAAUAGAGUCUGCAGCCUGUGCUGUGGCCAAUGAUGAAGCUGUUACUAUCCAAAAUGUAAACAUUGUGUGGGAGGCAAAGGAGACUGAAAACAAAACUGUAUACUAUGGAACAUUUACCCUUGGGGAUUUAUUUUGUGAAGAGCGUAAUAUUGAGUUCUUCCAUGAGGAAACUGAUUCCAACUUGGAAGAAGAUAACGAAGUGAUUGUGGACUGUGGACAGUAUGGUGAUUACAUCUGUGUAAUCUACACCAGGAUGAACAAAUCUGAGGAGACAAAACACUCUUCUUUCCCAUGUACCAGUAUUGCCAAAUGCGACCCUAUUUGGUGUGGCCAUGGUCUAUUGAUCACAGUAGGAAAGAACAAGAGGGUGUUGUUCAGAUUACUUGGUGAGAAUAUUCCAGGUGCCAUUCUUGAGCAAAGUGAUAGUGAAGAUGGAGAUUUCAAGUGCUGCGUGGAAAUAAUCCAGAAGACCCUUCCUAACAGACGCAUGGAAGGAGCUGUGCAUGAAUUGGCCAAAGCCACGGAUCUUGCCCAGAGCAUAGCCAUUGGAAACCUAUUACCUGAAGAUUCUAAACCGGAAGCUUUGACUGAGCAAAGCAUGGAGGAGUUCAUAGACAGAGAAAAUAAUUUUUUGAGAAGAUAUACAUAUUUACCUGGCAUCAAUGAAAACCAGAGAAAAGCUGUAUGCCAAGCUCUCUCAAGGCCUUUUACACUUAUUCAGGGCCCUCCAGGUACAGGGAAAUCGUUGACAGGGAUACGGAUUGUAUAUCUUUUUGUGAAGUGGAAUGAGGCAACAAGAAGUGGGUCGGACCUAAAGCAAGUACUCUAUUGUGGACCAUCAAAUAAAUCUGUGGAUGUGGUAACAGGUUUGCUGAAGAAGAGGUUCAACCCAAGGCUGCACAAUAAAGAUGAUCAACGACCGUCAGUUUGCCCAAAGAUUGUCAGAGUAUAUGGAGAAAAUGUUGUUCAACGAGAAUUUCCUGUCCCUCUGGAACAAACAAACAAAAGCGAAAGAUCUACAGAUUCCAUGCAGCAUUCGGAACAUAGUGAUGUUGCUCUUCACCACAUAAUAAGGCACCAUACCAACCCAUAUGCAAAACAAAUAAAAAAAUAUGAUGCUGAAUUUGGUAAAUAUUUCAAAAAUCCAAAGAAUUUUGAUGCAAAAAGACUUGAAAAUGAUAUAAGGAGAUAUAGAGAUUUGGUGAGCAAAGCAGAGGAGCAUGAACUUCGCCACCAUGAUGUGGUGCUUUGCACAUGCUCAGUGAGCUCAAGCUCAAGAGUGGUCACAGUAACCAACUUUGAACAGUGUAUAGUGGACGAGUGUGGAAUGUGCAUAGAAGCUGAUAGCCUCAUCCCAAUAGUUUCUUCAAGAGCGAGACAGGUGGUGCUUAUUGGAGAUCACAAGCAACUGCGACCAAUUGUCUUGAGCCAAGCAGCAAGAGAUCUUAGGCUUGAGACUUCUUUGUUUGAGCGUUAUGCAAAUGAGGGCAGGGCCAUCAUGCUGGACAUCCAGUAUCGUAUGCAUAGAGACAUAGUUGAGUUUCCUUCUCAAGAGUUUUAUUCUGGAAAGUUAAAGACUGGACAUAGUCAGGAAAUGUAUGAAGAUGAAGAAAAGAGUCUUGGCAGAUAUGUCUGGCAAGGAAGCAAAAGGUACAGGUUUUGCCAUGUGGAGGGGAAGGAAGAGACUUUAGUUGUUGAAACCCCAGAUGGCGGAGAACAGUCGAAAAGAAAUGAGGAAGAACUUGAGCAUGUGGUCAGAUUAUACAGAACAUUUGUGAAAGGGUUCAAUAUAUCAAAGAAGAGGGUGAUAGUAUUGUCCCAGUACAGAGCUCAGGUGUCUCGUGUGCAGGAAGUUCUUAGUGACGAGUUUGGCCGUGGAGUGAAUGUCAGCACAGUGGUUCAAAGUCAGGAUCAAGUCAUUACCAUACAUGUGAUGUAUAUGACAACACAUAGAGACAUAGUUGAGUUUCCUUCUCAAGAGUUUUAUUCUGGAAAGUUAAAGACUGGACAUAGUCAGGAAAUGUAUGAAGAUGAAGAAAAGAGUCUUGGUAGAUAUGUCUGGCAAGGAAGCAAAAGGUACAGGUUUUGCCAUGUGGAGGGGAAGGAACAGACUUUAGUUGUUGGAAAUUCAGAUGGCGGAGAACAGUCGAAAAGAAAUGAGGAAGAACUUGAGCAUGUGGUCAGAUUAUACAGAACAUUUGUGAAAGGGUUCAAUAUAUCAAAGAAGAGGGUGAUAGUAUUGUCCCAGUACAGAGAUCAGGUGUUUCGUGUGCAGGAGGUUCUUAGUGACGAGUUUGGCCGUGGAGUGAAUGUCAGCACAGUGGUUCAAAGUCAGGGAGGAGAGUGGGACAUUGUGAUAUUUACUACAGUGCGUUCCUUGCCCCAGUACCAGAUAAUCAAAAAUCCAACGCAGGGAUGGUGCCGAAAGAGCUUGGGCUUUAUAACAGAUGAACAUCAAAUUAAUGUCGCACUUACAAGAGCCCGCAAAGGACUGAUCAUCAUUGGAAACAAGAAUUUGUUAGGUUGUCAUCCUGUGUGGAAUAGGCUGUUACAGCAUUAUAAUGAUCAGAAUGCUGUUGUCAAUGCUGAAGAUUUUUUGCGAGAUGGAAUAAAAAGUACUGAGUUCUACAAAAAUUUAGCACCCAGGAUGCAAAGACAACUUGAUGUGGGAACAUUUUACCAGGAUGAUGGUUUUUAUGAUGAGAGUGGUUACAAGGAAGAGAGUGAGGAAGAGGAGGACAGUACACCCAUUGGGGAUGAAGAAAUUCAGUGGAUUGACAUACAAACAGACGACAGACAAAGCUUUGUUCCACAAGAGAAAAGAAUGCCAGAAUCCUUGGCAUCGCCCCAGAUGACAGCCGAUGCCUCACAAGGCAGUAAGCAGAUAGAUGUGCUGAAAGAUACAUAUUUGAGGAGGUUCUCCAUCACUCCAGAAGGUGGACAUGUUAAUCUGAAAGAAGUUGGAGUAUUCCUCUUAGUGCCUCCGGGAGCCCUGGCUGAAACUACAGAAAUGUUCAUUGGUAUUAGUUGGAGAGUAGAAGACAUGCCGCCGUUGCCAUUGUGUCAGACUAGAGCAAGUCCAGUUGUUGUCUGUGGCCCACAUGGCCUGACAUUCAGAAAACCAGUUUUCCUGUCAUUUUAUCACUGCAUAUCAGGCACGCGCCACAGAAAGAUGGGAAGGAGCUGUCCCGAAAAUUUGACUCGGGACAUCAGAAUGAGCAAUCCGUUUUACAUGUGGCAGUCACAAACUCAUUUACAUGAAACCUGCCAAUGGAAAGUAUUGAGCAGUGAUUCUGUUGUGUUGACAAAUACCAAGUGUAUCAUGAUGAUGCAACAGUUUUGCAAACACACUUUGUCAUGUGAAAGUAAACGCCUUUGUGCUUUGGUGUUUGGUUCAUUUAAGCCUCAACAUGUCACCCUGCUGAAACUGAAGGUGUACUGUGUAAAUGACACCCCGGAUGAAAUAAAGAAUGUCACAGCAGAAGCCAGGGAAGAUUUGCAAAUGGAAAUGCUAGAUGCAAAAAAGAAAUUCAAAUUCUUCACUUGUGGGUACAGUAAGAGCCUUGAUGAAGAUAAAAAGUUCUAUGAUGUCAGUCUUUUGUUGGAGGGUUUUGAGAAGAAAUGGAAGAUGCAUGAAGAUUCUCCGCAAAAGGUUAUGAACUAUAUAAGGUUGUGUGAGAACAAUUCAGAAAACAUAACAUUUUCCCUUUGCCCUAAGGAGAAAGAAGAAAGUCUCAAUGUGUUUGUUAGUAAAAUAUAUGUGAAACAGGAAGGAAAAGAUCAGGAAGAGGAUAUAAAAUGUAUUACAUCCACUGAGCUUGAAAUCCACUGGCCGUUACCAAUUGGCCCCACUAUGGACAAUUAUAAUUUUACUAGUUAUUCUGGUGGUCUGGAAAGUGUAAGACGGGCCCCACUAUUGCCAGGUGGUGAGAUGCAGAGACAUGGUGGCAAUCACUUCCAAUCAAUACCAAACCAGUUCUAUAACCCGCAAGGCCAAUACCAACAGUUUCAGCCAGGAUUUCAAACCAAUAUUGGCAACCAGCAGGAUGAUUUUCAGUCUCAGACAGCAGGGAAGAUGGUUGCACAAGGCCAAUUCCAACAAAAUCAACCAACACUACAACCUUACUUUGGCAACCAGAGGUUUCAACAAGGCAACUUUCAGUCUCAGACAGUAUAUGAGACAGCUGGACCAAAUCAACCGUAUCAUCAACAAGGACAAUCCCAUCAUUGUGGACUACCACAGGGACUAGUCACUGAUCGGGAACAACAAGGUGAUGUCAGCUAUGAAACUAGUAGGAAAUCAGUUCACGAGUCUCCACCUUUACCCCCACAGCAGGUCCACAUGGCUGCUGGGGAUCAAGGCAGUGGUGUUACUAACCCUAAUGCCAUUAGAACAAUGGAAAACCCAGUGCCUUACAACCAGGCCCAUGGGGGUAAUCAGUUAGGUAGGUUGCCUACAGUAAUGCAAGAGAUUGUAGGACAAAUCCCCUCUAAUACAGGCAGCACAAAUACAUUCACAUUCAAUGUGCAGCAGGUUAACCACAUUUAUAGCACAGACAAGGAAACCAUGCCACAUAUGAAAGAGGAAGAUGUGCAGAAAUCAUUCCGUAAGCAUGUCCCUUCAGAUGUGAUAAAACAACUAAAGGAGACACUUACCCAAAGAGAUCUAUGGGACCAAGUGAAGAAGAUGUAUGGCAUUUCAGAUGAAAAUUCAUGUCCUCCGGAUAUUGUGGAUUAUUUGUUGUCUCAGGUUGAGGGUUGUAUUGCAUCUUUCAUCAAUGUGCUGUUAAGGUUAAAAGAAGCCCAUGCAGAGGGAGACAGGGACAUUCCACAAGAUUUGAUUGAUAAAGUCAAGGAGGGACUUAAGAGUGAAAUGGAGUACAAGAAACUGAGAGAGAAUAUGAUCGACUUUGCUGAGGACCUUAUUAUUAAUUUUGGACGAGUUUUAGAUUACCUGUCUCAGUUUAAUAUAAUGUCAGGUGAGGUGAAAGCAAAGCUUAAAAGCAAUUUUAGGGAAAAUCCAGAAGAGGCCUGUAGAAAUUUGUUUCAAGCACUCCUUGAUGUUAGUCCUAAAAAAGAACCAAUUAAAUGUCUGAAAGCUGCAUUCAGAGAUUCCACACUUGAGCAUCUGGCAGAUGAACUAGAAGUAAGCAGUCAGGAUGUUGAGGGUGAGUUACGGGAACACGGAGGGGGAGGUGAUCUUCCUUCUUGGCAGGAGCCAUUGGCGAUGGGAUUGGAAGCUCCCCCCACAUUAGUCAUGGGCCAAAGACCUAUUGCAGCACAUUAGAGGACAACUGUGCCAAAAACAUGUUGGCUUCUGUUGCUUUGGGCCACUGGGGAUACAGAACCUAGGCCCAGUAUGAUCAAUACUGGAUAAUAUUAUCCAUUGGAUAAAAUUGUCAUCCUCUUGACAAUUACCCUAAGUAUUGCAGCCAUAAUUUUUUGAACACUGGAUAGCAAUAGCAGAGGCCACCAAAAGCAUCCAGCAUUUGUGAAGCACAUUAUUCUUGGAUAACUGAAAGCAUGUAAAUCUGAUAUGUUGAUGUCAGUUAUAAAUAUACAUAAAACCUACUGUGCAUGUUUGCACUAGCAAUUAAUAUAAACUAAUAUAAUGUCUGUAUCUGAUGCAGGCUCUUGCUGGACAGGCUUGAUAUUUUGACUACAAUUAAAAUACAGCUGCUGCUGCAGCUUUUUAUUAUGCAGUGGUGAUUUGGAACAAAAUAUGUGUCAAUGCAUGCACACACAUAAACAUAUGCAAACUGGCACAUACAUAUUAUUGAAGCUUUUCUAGUCAAAUAUAUGCAAACUGGCACAUACAUAUUAUUGAAGCUUUUCUAGUCAAACAUGCAAACUGGCACAUAUUAUUGAAGCUUUUCUAGUCAAAUAUAUACAAACUGGCACAUAUUAUUGAAGCUUUUCUAGUCAAACAUAUGCAAUCUGGCACAUACAUAUUAUUGAAGCUUUUUUAGUCAAACAUAUGCAAGCUGCCACAUACAAUGUCAUAUUAUCGAAGUAUUUCUAGUCAGCUUUGUCUAAUGCUAUUUUAAUUUGAGGUAGGUUGAAUUGGCUUUAUGUUAAUAACUUGGAAGGGAGAGGGGGUGUUUGUAAUUGUCACUGAGGUAACUUGCAUUAAUAGCUAUUGUGUUUUGCUAUCUUAUGUUUAAGCAUGAGGUAUAGUGAACAACAUAGAGUAUUCUUACUGCAGGUGCAUUGGGUUAAUUUCUCCCUUUCACACCGAUUCCAUGUUUAGGGUAAAAACUUGAAAAUUUAAUCUAUCUUUUUGAAAACUUCAUCAAACUUGAAAAUGUGUCUGUUGAUAACUUUGGAAACUGUGUCACCUAAUAUGGCUGUGCGGGAUUCGUGCAUUUUAAAAUAUGAAUAAAUUUUUAAGUGACAUUUUUAACCAUAGUAGAGUGAGGACAGAAGACUGAAUUUCAAUACAACAAUAUGCCAUUCUUACAACCAUUAUUAAGUACUUACCAGCGAUCUUUGUAUCUUGUAUUCCACACUUGCCCUUGUAUUUAUAUCUGAAGACAAGUGUUUUUUGCCUUUUUAUGUGCAAUUUUUGUAAAAAGGGCAAUAAUUUUUUAGUGAAACUGGCAUUCUUAACACUAGAUGUAUCAUGCAUGGACCAAGAGAAAUGAGAAGAAAAGCUUAUUUUGUAAUGAAAGUAGUUUUGGCUUGAAGAAUAAGCCAAACACUUUUGUUGCUGAGUUCUUUUUCUUUCUUUUUUUUUUUUUGAUAUAUUUUAUUUCAUCUCUUUAUUGCUAGGAACAAAUACUUACUGCAAUGAACAACAUGUGAUAGUGGUCUAUGCUCGUUCUAAUAGAAGACAUUAUUUGAAAUAUGGAGAUAGUGUGUUUUCCAUAUAUGUAAUAUUACUUAAUUUUCUUCUUACAUGAUUUAUGUAUUUCCUAUGUUAUAAUGUUGAAAGGGGUUCCAAUCAGCUACUGGUACUUACAAUCAGAGUAAUUAAGGGGAGAGUAUUACACAAUCAUAGUUUACUGUAAUAGAUCAAAUGGAAUGAGUGCCAUAUAAGCUCACAGAAAUGACAAGAACAAUAUUAAUUUCUGGACAAUAAUUGUCUCCGUUUAUCAUUAAGCUUUUAUUUAUAAAUUAGUUGUCAUUACAUUUCAUAGGCUGCUCUAUUUUAUUUUUCCUUUUUAGAAUGUUUUUGAUAUUUUUCAGAUAUUACCUGGCAUAAUCAUGGCAGAAUAUCGAGUUUUCAAUUUGUUACAACUAAGGGGAGUUUCAACAUUUAAGAUGUUUGUCAUUUUAAAAUAUUUGAAGUAUCCAAUGCUUGGCAAUCAAAAACAUUUAUUUUGAUAUGUAGAAGAUUUAUGCCUUUAAGUUUUUGUAAACAAUUUGUUUAGGAUAGUAUUAUGUUAAAAUGAUAACUGAUGGAUACUUAUUAUUAUAAUUUUAAUUGUUAACUGAUGAUUUUUCUGGUUAUUAUUUUUAUUGUUUUAUUUAUUAAUUUUUUCUUUAUUCAUUUAUUUUUGUUUUUUUCCCCUUUUUUUUUUUUGCAUCAUUACAAUGACAUUAAACUCAUUCGUUUACCAACUUCUGUUCUUGAUUUAAAUAAACAUUAAUUGUGAAUGCAUAAUAAUUUGUAGAUUUUUCU